GCGAGCAACAGCGGGAUUAGGCAGCGCAUCUGCACCGAGACUUACCGCCCGAACUCCAGCAGAGCCGAGCUGAGCACCCAGCCGUCCGCGCGGAGCCCUGGAGGACUUUGGGGGACAGCAGAAGCUCCACAGACCGCUCAGCGACCGCAGAAGAGGAUGCCGUUUGGCUGUUUAACUCUGGGGGAGAAGAAGGACUAUAACAGUCCUACAGAGAUCACAGACAGAUAUGACCUGGGACAGAUCGUUAAAUCGGAAGAGUUCUGCGAGAUCUUCCGAGCGAAGGACAAGACCACAUCGAAAAUGUACACCUGCAAAAAGUUCCUGAAGAAGGAUGGGAGGAAAGUGCGGAAGGCUGCGAAAAAUGAGAUUUUCAUUCUGAAGAUGGUCAAACACCCCAACAUCCUCCAGCUGGUGGACGUUUACGAGACCAGAAAAGAGUACUUCCUCUUCCUUGAACUUGCUACAGGGAGAGAGGUGUUUGACUGGAUUCUGGACCAGGGCUACUACUCAGAGAAGGACACCAGCAAUGUGAUCCGACAGGUGAUGGAGGCAGUGGCGUAUCUGCACUCCCUCAACAUCGUCCACCGCAACCUGAAGUUGGAGAAUCUGGUGUAUUACAACCGCCUGAAGCACUCCAAAAUAGUCAUCAGUGACUUCCAUCUGGCCAAGCUUGAGAAUGGACUCAUUAAAGAGCCUUGUGGAACUCCAGAGUAUCUGGCUCCAGAAGUUGUUGGUAGACAGAGAUACGGCCGUCCUGUGGACUGCUGGGCGAUCGGAGUGAUCAUGUACAUACUACUUUCUGGGAACCCACCGUUCUAUGAUGAGGCGGAUGAUGAUGAUUACGAAAACCAUGACAAGAACCUGUUUCGCAAAAUUCUGGCAGGAGACUAUGAGUUUGAUUCACCGUACUGGGACGAUAUCUCAGACUCAGCCAAAAGUUUAGUGUCCCGCCUCAUGGAAGUUGACCAAGAUCAGAGGCUUACAGCGCAGGAGGCCAUCAACCACGAAUGGAUAUCUGGAAACGCCGCCUCAGAUAAGAACAUCAAGGAAAACGUGUGCGCACAGAUAGAGAAGAAUUUUGCAAAAGCGAAGUGGAAGAAAGCUGUGCGAGUCACGACCAUCAUGAAGAGGCUGCGAGCUCCCGAGCACCAGCACACCGACCCAGCGGCUGCGGCCGGUGCAGGAGCCCCAAACCCUGCGGGAGGAUCCCAGGAAAAUCCCCAGGCUCCAACUGAGGCCUCCACAGCUCCUGCCAAUGCUACAGCACCAGAAAACAACACCGCUGGUUCAGCGCCCCCUGCUGCUCCGGAGGCCGCUAGUGCAGAAGCUCAAGCAGCAGCAGCAGCUACACCACACCCACCAGCCGAGCCAGCUCAGCCUGGUUUAGCCGCUGAACAGGCCGAAGCUAAUUCUUCAUCACGGUGCAACGGUGAGGCUCCUGCUAACCCACCAUUAGCCACACAUACCGGAGAUGAACAGAAUGGUUAAACUCUGUCUCUCGGUCGGCCCGUCCCCAUGUCCCCACGUCCCCUCGUUUAACCUUCAGCUUUGUAAAUUAGCUGCUAGCAUGGUCACCCUGAACCUGCUUCGCUCUUAUGCUAACAUUAGCAUCGCCAGCGUUGUCGCACAGAGC